AAAAAAAGAACAACAUAAAACCUAGGAAAGUACUAAGACCGGGAAAGAAUCUACAGAGGCGUUUCGACUCCGCUGUUGUUGUGUAACUCGUGUUCCACUUUUGAAAUUCUGAAAGAGAUGAGUGAGUCAAAGCAAGAAGAAGACACUGUUAUAGCUUCAGUUCAUUCAACCGUCUUCAAAGAAUCCGAAAACCUCCAUGGAAAGUGUAUCCAAAUCGAGGGUUACGAUUUCAACCGCGGCGUUGAUUAUCCAAACCUUCUCAAAUCCAUGCUCACUACUGGAUUUCAAGCUUCCAAUCUCGGUGAUGCAAUUCAAGUCGUUAAUCAAAUGCUAGAUUGGAGGCUGGUUGAUGAAACUAUUGGUGAGGAUUGUAGUGAGGAAGAGAAGGAUUUGGAGUACCGAAAAUCUGUUGAUUGUAAAGUGUUUUUGGGGUUCACUUCUAAUCUUAUUUCUUCUGGUGUUAGAGAUGUUGUCAGAUACCUUUGUCAGCAUCACAUGGUUCAUGUAAUUGUUACAACUACAGGUGGUAUUGAAGAAGAUCUUAUAAAGUGCCUUGCACCAACAUAUAAAGGAGAUUUCUCUUUGCGUGGAGCUGAUCUUCGUUCAAAAGGAUUGAAUCGAAUCGGUAAUUUAUUGGUUCCUAAUGACAAUUAUUGCAAAUUCGAGGACUGGAUUAUUCCUAUUUUUGAUCAAAUGUUGAAGGAACAAAAUGAUGAGAAUGUGCUGUGGACACCGUCCAAGUUAAUAGCUCGAUUGGGAAAAGAAAUUAAUAAUGAAAGCUCCUACCUUUACUGGGCAUACAAGAACAAUAUUCCAGUUUAUUGUCCAGGAUUAACCGAUGGCUCAUUAGGCGACAUGCUGUACUUCCAUUCCUUCCACAAUCCUGGUCUGAUCGUGGACAUAGUACAAGAUAUAAGGGCCAUGAAUGGUGAAGCCGUUCAUGCAAAUCCUAGGAAGACUGGCAUGAUUAUUUUAGGAGGCGGCCUUCCAAAACAUCACAUUUGCAAUGCCAAUAUGAUGCGCAAUGGUGCUGACUAUGCGGUUUUUAUCAACACUGCACAAGAGUAUGAUGGAAGUGAUUCUGGAGCUCGUCCAGAUGAGGCUGUUUCGUGGGGCAAAAUACGAGGAUCUGCUAAAACCGUUAAGGUACAUUGUGAUGCAACGAUAGCAUUCCCUCUGCUGGUUGCUGAAACAUUUGCUUCGAGAUCGCAAUCUCAACAUUAAUGAAGGUUUACUACUACAAAGUUUACUUCAUACCAUUUUGCCUCUGGUAUUUAACUUGAUCGAAUUGUUAUUCUUAAGGUCCACUUAGCAGUCAUUUUUAGCAUUGUGAGUUACGACGAAUUGUAGAUGUACAAAUAUGUAAUGAUAAUUACAUCUUUUGGAGCUGUGUUUUCUUUUAGUUUUGAGGUGUUGAAAAUUGUAAUCUUUGGAGCAAAUAAUAAGACUAUAAAAGUGUAUCAACUCAUGUUGGAGAUUCACAA